AUGUCGGAAUUAACUUCAAUUAAUGUGAGUGGCAACAGUGGCUACAAGAGUACCUCAAAUGCGAGAUUGGCCUUUCAAAAAGGUGAUAUUGAAAUGUCUAGACGUGAACACGCAAAGCAACUUCCACACACUGAGUUCCACAGUUCCACCGCAUCUGACUAUAUUAAGUCAGUGGUUUUUGGAGGUCUUGAUGGUAUUAUGACUACAUUUGCUAUUAUUGCAGCAGCGGUUGGUAGCAAUAGCAAUUAUGUUACUGUCCUCAUUUUUGGAUUUUCUAACGUCAUUGCAGAUGCGUUUUCUAUGGGAUUCGGUGAGUACGUCUCUGGGGAGGCUGAGCGAGAGAAUGCGCUCUCUGAACGUCGCCGUGAAGAGUGGGAAGUGGAGAAUGCAUUUGAUAUGGAGGUAGAUGAGAUGGUACAGAUUUAUGAGGCGAAGGGCCUUUCUCACGAGGAUGCGACAACUAUUGUAAACAUUAUUUCCCGCGAUCCGAAACGCUUUGUGGACUUCAUGAUGACAGAAGAACUUGGUCUCAUCGUGGACCUCACCGAUGUGCACGGCCCAAAGAAACAAGGUGCCGUGAUGUUUGUAUCUUUCUUUCUCUUUGGCUCCGUUCCUCUGUUUGCGUACGUCUUUGGCCACGGCCGCGGUCUGGACGGCGUCUUUGUCGCCUCCUGUCUUCUCGCCGCUGUUGCGCUGGUGGUGUUGGGCUCACUGAAGGGAUAUUUCACCGGUGUGAGUAUGUGGCGUUCGGCAGCACUCAUGGUGUUUAACGGCAUCGUUAGCGGAUUGGUCAGUUUUUCUGUUGGAUGGGCGAUUGAGUCCAUGAUGAGAGCAGAAUUCGGCGACACACAGUAA